AUUCUUUCGUCAAACGUCGUUUCUUCUCAAAUUUGUGCAGCUGUCCUGUUGAGCGCUGCAUUUGGAUCUCUGAUAUGGAGAAUAUGCUGUCAUUCUGGGAUGUGGUAAUAUAUUUCUCUGCAGAGGAGAGGGAAUACCUGGGUCCUCCUCAGUGGAAAUUGUACAGGGAUGUGAUGUUGGAGAAUUACAACAACCUUGUGUUUUUAGGUCUUGCUUCCUCUAAGCCUUACCUGGUCAGAUUUCUGGAACAAAUACAAGAGCCUUCAGAUGUGAAGAGACAAGAGACUACCGCUAAGUACUCAGGGGGAAAUAGCUCUACAUGCAAAGAACAUGGGAAAGUUUCUGAGAGGGAAAAAGAAUUUGGAAAUCAGCAGGUGAUUCAUUUAGGUUUGAAGCCAUAUAAUUGUGAAGAGGUUAACAAGUCCUCCUGUUUUUCGUCAUUACUUUCUGAACACAAAAGAAUUCAUACAGGAGAAAAACCCUACAAGUAUGAAACAUGUAGCAAGGCCUUCCAUGUUCCAUCAAAACUUUUUCAACACAAGAUAAUUCGCACAGGAGAAAAACCAUACAACUGUGAAAUAUGUGGCAAGGCCUUCAAAUAUCCAUCAAGACUUUCAAAACAUAAGAUAAUUCAUAAAGGAGAGAAGCCAUACAAGUGUAAAGUAUGUGGAAAGGCCUUCUUCUCUCCAUCAUCUAUUUGUCAACACGAGAGAAUUCAUACAGGAGAGUUACCCUGCAAGUGUGAUGUAUGUGGCAAGGCUUUUCAAUAUCCAUCAUUACUUUCAAAACACAAGAUAAUUCAUACAGAACAAAAACCCUACAAGUGUGAAGUAUGUGGAAAUUUCCUCCGCUCUCGAUCAUCACUUCAUGAACACAAGAGAAUGCAUACAGGAGAGAAACCCUACAAGUGUGAAAUAUGUGGCAAGGCCUUUGAAUAUCCAUCAAGACUUUCAAAACAUAACAAUAUUCAUACAGGAGAGACACCAUACAAGUGUAAAGUGUGUGGAAAGGCCUUCCGCUCUCCAUCAUCACUUCGUGUACACAAGGGAAUUCAUAGAGAAGAGAAACCCUACAAGUGUGAAGUGUGUGGCAAGGCCUUCCGUUAUUCAUCAGUACUUUCUGACCAUAAGAAUAUUCAUACAGGAGAGACACCAUACAAGUGUAAAGUGUGUGGAAAGGCCUUCCGCUCUCCAUCAUCACUUCGUGUACACAAGGGAACUCAUAGAGGAGGAAAACCCUACAAGUGUGAAUUAUGUGGCAAGGCCUUCCAUUAUCCAUCAAUACUUUCCAACCAUAAGAAUAUUCAUACAGGAGAGACACCAUACAAAUGUAAAGUAUGUGGAAAGGCCUUCCACUCUCCAUCAUCUCUUAUUGUACACAAGGGAACUCAUAGAAAAGACAAACCCUAUAAGUGUGAAGUAUGUGGAAAGGCCUUCCGUUAUCCAUCAAUACUUUCCAAUCAUAAGAAAAUUCACACACAACAAAAACCCUCCAAGUGUAAAGUAGGUAGAAAGGUCUUCUGGUCUCCAUCAUCACAUCCUGAGCAGAAAAGAAUUCAUACAAGAGAGAAACCCUACAACUGUGAAAUAUGUGGCAAGGCCUUCAAAUAUCCAUCAAGACUUUCAAAACAUAAUAUAAUUCAUACAAGAGAGAAACAAUACAAGUGUAAAGAAUGUGGAAAUGCCUUCUGCUCUCCAUCUUCACUUUGGCAACACAAGAGAAUUCAUACAGGAGAGUUACCCUGCAAGUGUGAUGUAUGUGGCAAGGCCUUCCGCUUUCCAUCAUUACUUUUAAAACACAAGAUAAUUCAUACAGACCAAAAACCCUACAAGUGUAAAAUAUGUGGAAAUUUCCUCCGCUCUCAAUCAUCACUUCAUGAACACAAGAGAAUGCAUGCAGGGGAGAAACCCUACAAGUGUGAAAUAUGUGGCAAGGCCUUUGAAUAUCCAUCAAGACUUUCAAAACAUAACAAUAUUCAUACAGGAGAGACACCAUACAAGUGUAAAGUGUGUGGAAAGGCCUUCCGCUCUCCAUCAUCACUUCGUGUACACAAGGGAGUUCAUAGAGAAGAGAAACCCUACAAGUGUGAAGUGUGUGGCAAGGCCUUCCGUUAUGCAUCAGUACUUUCUGACCAUAAAAAUAUUCAUACCGGAGAAAAACCAUACAAGUGUAAAGUGUGUGGAAAGGCCUUCCGCACUACAUCAUCACUUCAUAUACACAAGGGAAUACAUAGAGAAGACAGCCCCUACAAGUGUGAAUAAGAAAAUUCAUAUAAGAGAGAAACCAUAAAAGUGUGAAGUAUGUGGCAGGCUUUCCAUUAUUCACCAUUACUUUCUAAACACAAGAUAAUUCAUACAGAAGAGACUCCCUACAAGUGUGAAGUAUGUGGCAAGGUCUUUAAUUAUUCAUCAAGACGUUAAAAACAUAAGAAAAUUCAUACAUGAGAGAAACCUUUCAAAUAUUAAGUAUGUGGACUGGUCAUAAUUACUUUCUGAAAAUAAGAGAGUCUAUACAGGUAAGAACCCAUAAACUUUCAAGAUUCUUUCUCCUUAUUUGAUAACUCAUUCUGGAGAGAAACCAUACAAAACUGAGGAAUGUGGAAAAGCCUCCUUUACAAAGUCAUACCUGUAUCUACACAAAUUAACUCACAAUGUAGAGAACAUUUACAAAAGAAAAAAAAUGUCAAAUGCUCAACAAAUUUAGGGAUUAUCAAAGAAUUCAUUCUGGAAAGAAACCAUACAAAUAUAAAAAAUGUGGCAAAUACUUUUGAAAUCCAUUGCAUGCUCUGAACACAGAAUAAUUCCUAUUAGAGAUAAAGACUACACAUGUGAAGAAUGUGGCAAACACUGUAUUGCCAAUCUUUGGGUCUUAAGCAACAUCAAAGUAUCCAUCUAUGAGAGAAACAACACAAGUGUGAAGAAUGUGCUAAGGUCUUUAGGACUUACAGAAACCUUGGGGAAAACCUAAUAAUUCAUACUAGCCUGAAGUGUCACAAAGUGUGAAAAAUAUUGCAAACCCUUUAAUAAGUGUUCUUAUAUUUCUGAACACAAGGUAGUUUAAACUGGAAUGAAAUAGUACAAAUGUUAUAAUGUUCUAAAAAUCUUAACACUUCUUCAAACCCUAAAAAUUGUCAACAGCUUCAUGCUGAAUCAAAGUCCUAUAAGUUUUGGGAAUGUGGUAAAGACUUUGGAAUCAUUCAUACUAGCCAAAAUUGGAGCUGUCAGACUGUGUAGUUGUCGUUCUGGAUUUGGGGCUGAUCCUUUGUCUUUUGUUUCUUCUGUUUUAGAAUUGAAACCCUUGUUCUAUACCAGUAUGUAAAAACUAGUCACUUGUUCUUGACUGUAGGAGCUCACAGUCAAGAGAUUGCCUUGAGUCUCACAUGACACAUGGACUGUGGUCUUUCAUAGUGUUGUAAUUGCUAAAUCCUUUGUGGACCUUUCAAGUUGUAGGCUGUUUUACUUCUGAGGUGGGGGUAAGGUUGGGGAAAGGGAAGAAAUGUUAUGAUUCAAAGCUUUGUGGCUAGAGCUAGCAUGUUGACUUUGGGAACAAACUGAAUUUCCAAUAAGACCCACAUACAUGUUAGUAUUCCCAGUACUCACAAAAUAGAAGUAAUUACCUCUGAAGGUUGUCCUCUGACCUCCAUGAAUGGGCCCCCACACAAACAUAAAUUUGUGUGCCCAGAAAUGAAUGAAUGUAGAUUAUACUUUUGAAAUGACUUUGUAUUUUAUGUGGACAAUCACCAAAAAGUAAUGUUUGUAUCUCAAUUGUUAGCAAUCAUUUGAGUUGCAAACCUCCUGUUGAUUUGUAGGACUUAUCUUAAUUAGUUUAAUUGAUUUCAGAAGGUCACUUAAUUUCAUUUGGAAGCAUCUGUUUGACUGUGAUGCUGCAGUAUCAGAGAAUACCCUGAGACCAACUAUUCAUCCAUCCCCUGCUUCCUCCCUGUGGAAGGAACAUGACCAGAUGCUUAUGUUCCUGUUGUUUUAACUUUCUCAUCAUGUGUUGUGGUUGGAAUAAGAAUUGCCCCAAGGGCUCACAGAAUAGAUUUGAUUGCUUAGUCAUCCGGUAGUAAGAGUGCUGGAAAAGGAUUAAGAAGUGUGGCAUCAUUGGUGUAAGUGUGUCACUGGGGGUCAUAUUUGAGAUUUCAAAGGUUCAGACCCAGUGUCCCCCUCUUUUACUGACUAUGGGUCAGUAUGGAUAAUUCUCAGCUACUUCUCAAGCUCCAUGUCUGCCUGCAUUCCAAUGAGCUCCCUAGCUUGCUCCUCACAAUAAUAAUGGACAAACCUCUGAAACUGUUUACAAGCCCCAAUUAAAUGUUUUUUUUAUAAGAGUUGUCCUGGUUUGGUGUCUCUUUGUAGCAGUAGAACACUGAGUAAGACUCCAUGGUUGUGAUGGAUUGUAUGACCUCUGCCCAGGAAGUGGCACUAUUAGGAGGUGAGGCCUUGUUGAAAUAGGUAUAUCACUGUGGGUGCAUGUGUAAAACCUUCAUCCCAGCUGCCUGGAAGUCAGUCUUCCACUAGCUGCCUUCAGAUAAAGAUAUAGAACUCUCUGCUCUGCCCUCACCAUGCCUGCUUAGAUGCUGCCAUGCUCCCAUGUUGAUAGUGAACUGACUAUGUAUAUGUAAGCCAGCCCCAAAUAUAUGUUGUCCUUUGUAAGAUCUGCCUUGCUCAUGGAGUCUCUUCACAGAAGUAAAACCCUAACUAAGACAGAAGUUGGCACUAGGAGUAGGGUAUUGCUUUGAUAUGCUUUUGUUUGGAAGUAUAUGCAGUUUCAGACUUUGGAAUUGGGAGGCAUUGGAAUUCUUUAAUGGGGCUUAAUGGGCUAUCCUAGAAGGAAUAUGGAAGACUUUGUUGCUGUGAGUGAUGUGAAUUGUAGUGACCUGGUACAAGAGGUUUCAAUGGAGAAGAACUUCAGUAUGUGGCCUAGAGACUGUUUUUGUUGUUUUUUGGUAAAGAA